GAAAAAUCCCGUUCGGAAAUUGCGCACGGUCGACCCGGCAAUCAGCCGGCAGAUAUGUGUUAGAUAGUAUAUCUCGUGUAAUCCGAUCGUCGCCGAUCCGAUCGAUCUAACGGCUCGUGGUUCGCGGCGAUGAGUCACACCGCCGGUAACACCCCGGCAGCCUUUUCCUCCUCUCCCAUCCUCCAAACAGCAGAAAUUGUGUGUGGUAGCCUAGUAACAUAGAGAAAUGGAUAUAUUCCUAAAUAUAUCGGCCACCUUCUGGUCGCCGGACGUUUGGUUGCCUCCUAACAUUACGUGGGAUGACAUCAGUCCGAAUUCAGACAAUAAAUAUCCUAAUUAUCAACAUUUAAUAUUUCCGCUGCCCAUGGCAUUUGUUCUCCUAGGGAUAAGAUACACUCUUGAAAGGUAUUGGUUUGCUCCCUUUGGAAGAUCGCUUAGUAUAAAAAAUAGCAGAAGCAAAAGGGCAGCGCCCAAUGAGAUAUUAGAAAAAGCAUAUCUUAAUAAGAAAACUAAGUAUAAACAGAUUUUGGCAUUGGCGAAACAAUUAGAUUGUUCUGAAAGGCAAGUGGAAAGAUGGCUUCGGCUGCGUCGUUCUCAAGACAAGCCGUCUACUCUUACCAAGUUCUGUGAAAGUUGUUGGAGAUGUUUUUAUUAUGCGUAUUCAUUCUUCUAUGGCCUUGUUGUCCUGUGGGAUAAGCCGUGGCUUUGGGAUAUAAAACAUUGUUAUUACAAUUAUCCCUUUCACGCUGUUACCAGUGACAUAUGGUGGUAUUACAUGAUAUCAAUGGCAUUUUACUGGGCAUUAAGCUUUUCUCAAUUCUUCGAUGUAAAAAGGAAGGAUUUCUGGCAGAUGUUCAUUCAUCACAUAGCCACAAUUUUACUUAUGUGCUUCUCGUGGGUCGGUAACCAAACGAGGAUCGGCAGUCUGGUCUUGCUUGUGCACGAUUGUUCGGAUAUAUUCUUAGAGGCGGCUAAAAUGGCCAAAUAUGCAAAUUAUCAGAAAAUUUGUGAUUGUAUAUUUGCCGUAUUUACAAUUCUCUGGGUUGUAACACGUAUGGGUGUGUAUCCAUUUUGGAUAAUUUAUAGCACAUCUGUAGAGGCGCCUAAGAUAUUACCGAUGUUCCCCGCAUAUUAUAUCUUUAACUUUUUGUUAUGUUUACUACUGCUUCUCCACACAAUUUGGACUUAUCUAAUCCUUAAGAUCGCAUACCGCGCUUUCAAUGCUGGUCAGAUGGAGGGUGAUAUUCGCAGUAAUAGCAGCGACGAAGUAUCCGACACUUCGGUCAAUAAUACUCCCAUAAACAGUACCGCAAACUACAUUAAUAAGUCGAAUUCCAAACCAAAAGCCCACUAACAAAACGCAUGCUGCAUAGGCUACUAUUUUAAAGACCGAUCCCAAGGCAGAAAAUUCAUCCGGACGUUUAGCCAGGUGCUAAUCUCUCUUCCUACAAGUUGUAAUGAAAUCUCGAUUGUGAUUUUAAUCUUGUAAUCCAAGAUGCUAACGUUAACGUAUACCUAAUUGAUCUCUCACGAAAUUAAAAUAUAUACUUUUCUCCCAUUUCCCUUUCAUUAGUGUUUCCAUUAAAAUAAUCCAAUGCUUUGUUACAAAUUUGUCUGCCUCAAUUUCAAAAUGUAUUUACGUUAGGAAUACGUUAAUAUAUAUAAAGAACAACGAAAGAAAACAAAACAAAUGGGGACAAACCCCUUGAAACCUUGAAACAAUUAUUUGUACCGCUAAUUUAGAUGAAUCCAUCCUAUUUAAGAAUUAAUUAUAAGUAUUUUCUUUUGAAUGAAUUCUUAAUGCUUAGUUAAGAUAUAAGAAUGGACCAAAGCCGCCAAGAUGUUCGGUGUCUGACCUCCGUCGAUUCUCUCAGAGUCUAAUAUCGCGUAACUAUUUUGAAAAAAAAAAUGUAUUUAUUUAUUUUCGUAUACUUUGUGAGCCUUAGUCAAUGGUCAAUAAGUAUAAGAACAAUUCAAUUAAUAAUAAAUUUCUACUUAUUAAUCACA